AUGUCCACACUCAAGCGCAAGGCCGGCACGCUGUCCGCCUCCGACAGCAAGAAGCCCAAGCAAGAUGGGAGCAUUAUGUCCUUCUUUGGGGCCCCGAAGCCGGCGGCCGGCAAUAAAGGAGCUGGUUCCACCGCAGCAGGUGCCGCCGGUGCUGCAGCCGGUCCCGAGGCGCCUGCGGUCAAGUUCGACAAGGCCAAGUGGGUUGCCGGACUGACGGCCGAGCAGAAGGAGCUGCUGCAGCUCGAGAUCAGCUCGCUUCACGAGAGCUGGCUGGCCCUUCUCAAGGACGAGGUCACCAGCAAGGAGUUUCUGGACCUCAAGCGCUUCCUGAACAGGGAGUCAGAUGCCGGGAAGAAGUGGUUCCCCCCCAAAGAGGAUGUGUACUCUUGGUCCCGUCACACCCCUUUCAACACAGUCAAGGUCGUCAUCCUCGGCCAAGACCCCUACCACAACGUAAACCAAGCCCACGGCCUCGCCUUCUCCGUCCGCCCGCCCACCCCGGCGCCCCCCUCCCUCAAGAACAUGUACAUCGCCCUAAAGAAGGACUACCCUUCCUUCUCCCCGCCCCCGAACAAGGGCGGCCUCUUGACCCCCUGGGCCGACCGCGGCGUCCUCCUCCUCAACACGUGCCUGACGGUGCGGGCCCACGAGGCAAACUCCCACGCCAAUCGCGGCUGGGAGCGCUUCACGCAAAAGGUUAUCGACCUCGUCGCCGCCAAGCGCUCGCGCGGCGUCGUCUUCAUGGCCUGGGGCACCCCCGCCGGCAAACGCGUCGUCAAGGUCGACGCCAAGAAGCACCUUGUCCUCAAGAGCGUGCACCCGAGCCCGCUCAGCGCGUCGAGGGGGUUCUUUGACUGCGGGCACUUCAAAAAGGCAAACGAGUGGCUCGUCACCCGGUACGGCGCUGGCGCCGAGAUCGACUGGGACUUGAGCGGGGCGACGAAGAAGGUCGAGGCCAAGGUUGUUGCGCCGCCGGAGACCAAGGCCACCAAGACGAUUGACGUUGACGAGGACGAAGAGGCCGAGAUGGCCAUGGCUGCGGCUGCGGCUGAGGCUGAGGCUGAGAAGGAGAAUGAGAAGGCCAAGGCUUCGUCCAAGGAUGAUACCGAGGAAGAUGAGGAGUAA